AGAUGAAUUCAGAUCAGAACCGUUCGUGGAUAUCGUGGGAAAUUGGACAAGUCUCCGUGUGAAAGUGGAAGUUGGAGGGUCUCGCUUCGAUCAUGUUUCGUUUUUUUCUCCCUCUCCUUCUGAGAGAGAGUUGGUGCAGCUAUAUUCAGAGAUUCUUCUGGAACUCUUCUCUGUUUGUUGCUGCUAUUAUCUCUUUGCUUUAUGGAAAUGUGUACAUACAUGUUUUUUCAUUGCCAUUCUCAAUAUUGAUAGCGGUGCAGCCACAAGUAUUGAUCAUGUGCCGGCGUUACACAUGAAGGGAAAGCCGAACAUGGGUCAAUUAACAGAAGGACAUGGCCUUCAUGUGUGUCGCCAGUCAACCAAAAUAACCAAAAGCCCGCGGUUUCAAGUAAAAUUAUCUGAACAGGCAGCAAAGCUGGACAGUUCCAUUGAAAAUCAUCAGGAAGCAGCUUCCAAAGUUGAAGUAUCUGGUCAGGACACUGAAAGCACUGAAGACAAUGACCUCCAAGAGUUGUCAGCUGGAGCUCAAAACUCUUCGUUGUCUUUAUUUGAUUCCUUGUAUGUUGUAAAAUCGGGGUCUCUUCCAGCCACAUGCCCAUCUAUCUCAGGGACACUCUUCUCACCCAUAUUUGAGCCCAAUGAAGCACACUGUAACCCAAUAAAUGAUAUUAGUGCAGCUGUAAAUAAAGAACACCCUGGGCUUUAUGGGGCCACUGACGACAGUGAUGAUGGCGGCAAUAGUUCUUCCAGUGAUUAUCUAACUUGCAACGUAUCCGAUGUCUACAUCUCUGACACAAAUGUUGCUAGUUUAUCCUUUGAUGAAAUUACAGGACUUGAUGAUAUGACAACAGCUGAUCUCUUUCCUGAUUAUGGAUAUACUAAUCCUGAUACGAUAUUCGAUACGGCGGAGGGAUACAUGAUACUGCCUUUCCUUGAGGAAGCUGUUGAAACAAGCAAUUUCCUUGAUGGGGAAUCAUUUGAAGAAGCUGCCAUGAACUCUGAUAAUGCAUGCUUGUAUCUUGCAAUGCAGCAGGUGAAGCCAUCCAAUGAGGAAUCUGGCGUCAGUUGUGAUUCUGGAGACCCGGAUGAAGCAGAUGGCUUCGAUCCUCAUAUAUUCAUUAGAAACUUACCAGACCUGUCUGAGGUGGUUCCGUCUCUUCGGCCUGUAUUGUUACCAAAGGAAUCACGGAAAAGGAAGCCUAUCACCUUAGUACUUGACCUGGAUGAAACGCUUGUCCACUCUAUGCUGGACCAUUGUGAGGAUGCAGACUUCACCUUUCCUGUAUAUUUCAAUAUGAAAGAGCACACCGUGUUUGUACGUCAGAGACCCUACCUUCAGAUAUUCUUGGAGAGAGUGGCAGAGAUGUUUGAAAUUAUCGUCUUCACAGCUAGUCAAAGCAUCUAUGCUGAACAGCUACUAAAUAUGCUGGAUCCAGACAAGAAGCUUAUUUCUCGGCGUCUUUAUCGAGAGUCAUGUGUAUUUUCAGAUGGUAUCUAUAUGAAAGAUUUGACGGUGUUGGGACUUGACCUAGCAAAAGUUGCUAUAAUUGAUAAUUCCCCGCAGGUUUUUCGGUUACAAGUGAAUAACGGGAUCCCUAUCAAGAGUUGGUUUGAUGACCCUUCAGAUCGUGCACUAAUUUCUUUAAUUCCCUUCCUAGAGACCCUGGUUGAUGCUGAUGACGUCCGUCCUGUAAUUGCAAAACAAUACGGUAAUAAGGACGAGCGGCCCAUCUUCCCUUCUCCGUUGAAAGUUCGGCCCAACUCUCCUCUCCGAACUGAUGCAUCAACUAUAAAAUAAGUUACUCAAAUACAACUACUCUUAUUGUUAGGAGGAGAAAGUAUUACAACUCGCCCAGGAAUCAUCUAUGGUGGGAACUUCUAGAUGUAUGGUCUGGAUUAUCACAUGGUGGGUUAGAAGGGGCGAACAGAUUCGGCUAGCCUGAAGGCUCUUUUAAUUUAUGUGGGUUGUGUUAAAACUAGGUUUUUUGUCGUCAUUUUUUCUUUUCUUUUCUUUUCUGCUGAGAAAGAUGCAUUUAUUGCAUACAGUGUAUGUGAAUGAUUUCACAUUGAAAUAGUUGUGAUGGACUUCCAAUUGCUUCUACAUGUAUAUACUGUUAUGGAUAUGCAUUGGAUCAAAAGCUUAAUUUGCA